AUGUCUUCAAAUUCCCAGCCUCGAGCUAUUCCCGACCGGGGCCUCCAGACCCGCCGACAAGCUCUGGGGUCCUACAACAUGGCCCAUCUCUUUUCAACUUAUUCUCCACAAGCACCACGCCUGGAGCUUUCCAAUCAUGACACAUCGACUGCCGUUCUCGAUCAGGGACCGCACACACCCGAUGCAGAUACACCAUAUGGAUCAAUAUCGCCACUGCUUUCCUCAUCGGUGCCUUCCAGACCUUCUCUGCUUGAAGCUUAUUGGAAUCAGUUUGGCCGAAUCCGCACGAGCUAUCGCACAAACCAUGCUCUUCAAUCUUUCCUUGGCGUAGGAGAGGGUGUUGCUGCGACCGCAGAUCACGCGCCUUACACACCGAGCAGUACUGGACCUCAGUCAACAUCCUUCAUGUCUCUGGAUGGAGAUACUCCCCAACUGUAUGUUGGCAGCGACUUGGCCGUCAGUGGCUCUACGCAACCAGGCCAUCGUCCACCUCCUGAAAUUGAGUAUGUUAACAGCAAAAUAUUUGUUCACUGCUCAUCUAUUCUAUUCUGCAUUUCUGACAAUCAGUACCAGAUAUGA